UUUUACCUAUUGCUGAAUGAAGGGCUCAACUGUUUCAAUUGCUUUGUCAACACCUGUUACAAGUACGACUCAUAUAGUGGUUAUACGUUUGACACAAGGACUAGGUCAUUAGAAAUGUUAAAGCGUCCUCUAGCAUCUAAGCCAGUUUCAUUUUUUAUGUCUGCUUAUGGCAAGCUCUAUAAUAUUGCAUCCCUAGUAUGCUUCGUAAAGAUGCCCGACACAUUGUUUGAGCAUUAUAAUCCUAAUUCUGAAUCUUAGGAAUUUCUCCCCCAUUUUGAAUAUUCUCGUGACAAUGCCCACAUGGACAUAACAGGUUACGCGGUUUGUUACGGCUGUAUUUUGGUUUCACUAGGUCGUAGUCGAGUUGAGCUAAUGGUUUUUAAUAUAGAUAGUAAUACUUGGCAUCAAGUCAAUAUUGCUAGAAGUGAUGCUUAUUAUUGUGGUUUUCGGGGGAGGGCCGUGAUUGUGGACAAUACUAUCUAUGCCUUGUCUACACAUUGCGGGAAGGUUAUAGCUUUCUCUCUCAAGAUAGAUUCAGAGGAUGAUGGCCGUAUUAUCUAUUUUUUAGAGAAACCAGUCUUCUUUCCAGCAUUUAAGAGUAGGGUUAAGGAGGAUUUUAAAUAUGGUUACGGUUUUAAUCCGACUGAGUAUUUGGUUCAUUUGGGGAAGUUGGAGUUUUGUCUUCUCCAAGCUGCUGCUACUUGCAGAGAAGACGAGUCUCAAGAGCUGUUUGUCACCACUUUCAAAAUUGUCCAUGAUGGAACCAUGCAUAUCAAGACAUCAGAUUCUACUGUUUGUGAUUUGUGCAUUAAGGGUUAUGGGCUAUUUGAGAUUAAUUUCAGCUUCACACCAGAAUGCAGGGAUCUUGAACCCAAAAAAGAGGAGAUUUUUUAAAUGACUAGGAAAAAGGUGAUGAAUAAAUGUGUUUGUAUGACAUCCUUUUAUUUGUUAAUACCUCUCUAGCAAAAGAAAUAAAUCGUGAACGUGUCUUAGAACUCUUAGGUUUUUUACC